UGCUGGCAGCAGACCCACGUUUUUUUUGUCAGAAGUUAAUGAGGAAAGCUUUGUUUGCUUCAAGAAAUGUAUUUGUGUGGAUCUCUGCCCUUCUGCGUCCAACUCUGAGCUGAUCCUGAUCACAGACCGUCUACCUGCAGACAUGUCUCCUCCAGCUUCCUGUUCUCGCUCAUGGACGCUCCGGCUCCUCCUAACCGCUCUGCUCGUGCUGACCAUGAUGACAUCACUUCCUGUGUCGGCGGUCGAAGCGGAGACAUGUUUCUCCAGACAGCACCAGGGCGUGAUCGUAAACGUCAGACUGGCUUUAAACAGACCGACCACGGUGAUGGAUGCCCGCGGUGUCCGCUCGGAGAGGGACUGUGUGCUCGCCUGCUGCUCCGAGGAGGUCAAACCAGGUGCAAAGUGCAACAUGGCGGUGUUCAACUCAAAGAAACAUGCAGGUGAAGAUAACUGCUUCCUGUUUCACUGUCAGACGGAGCAGGACUGUCCUCUGAUGAAGGCUCAGGAAGGCAUUAACACCUACGACAUCUACAAAGGUUUGAUUCAUCCAACCACAGUGAGAACUUCUUCUACAACAUCCACGACCACUACGACUACACCAACGACAACCACCACAACACCCACAACCACCACUACAACUACAACCACCACACAGAGUACGACGACGCCAACAACCACCACAACGACGACACCAACCACCACCACCACCACUACCACCACCACACAAGCUCCCACCACCACCACUACAACACAGCCUCCUCCACCCAUCAUCAUCAUCGCCACCAUGCCUCCAGUGACUUUACCACCACCAACCCCAACAACUACAACAACCACAAUGCCAGCUACAACUACAACCACCACAACCACCACAACAUCGAUGAAGAAACCAAUCAGGCCUGGCAGGAAGCAGAGUAAACCCGCCAAGAAGGUAAAACCACAUCCUGUCGUCACCACCACCACUCCACCACCCCCUCCAGCUCCUACCGUUCCAUUUGUUAUCGUAACGGCUGCACCAAGAACUACAGAGGAGCUACAGCCGGAAACUACAACUACCACAACGACUACGACGACAACACCAACUACGACUACGACUACAACUACAACCACGCCAACAACAACUACAACAACCACCCGUCCUACAACGACUACAACAACCACCCGUCCUACAACGACUACUACAACCACAACACCCACAACGACUACUACAACCACUCCUAAAACUACAACAACAACCACCCAGGCGCCAACGACGAGGACGACUCAAGCAGCAAGCCUCAUCAUCGUCCCAAAAGGCGCUGUCCAAUCAGACCACCCCCUCCAGCCUGACCGCGCCCUCCAGAACUCUGGCAUUAACCCAGGGAAAGCGGUGGCAGCAAGGGGGGCGGUGAAGAGUGGCGUGGUGGCGUUCAUGGUGCUUGGGCUCGCUUUCCUCACGCUGGCUCUGGCGGUAGGGGGGAGGAAAGCGAUGGAGUCGUUCGACAGGCGCCAUUACACAAGACUGGAGCUGAACGACCUGCACUACGAGGUGUGAUGAGGGAAAAAAAUCAACAAGGGGUCUUUGGUUUUUAUGAUGGAAGCUCAGAGGGACAAAAAGCAGGACUCACCAUAAGUUAAUGUUUGUUUUAUGACAUUUUGAUUUCUUAAAGUGCACAAAGUUACACAACAGUUGAAUGUCGACUUACAGAGUAAAAGGCGGGGCUAAAGAGGAAGGUCGUCAAUCCUUUUAUCAAUAUCACAUGUUCAGAACAAUAUCUUUUAUUUCAAGGGUGAUUUGAGUUUAAAGAACAGAAGCUUAAAAAACAUUCAAAAUUGCCAGUAAACACCUGCCCUGUCUAAAAUGACAAAUACAUUCACGUUGCCAAUGUAUUUGUGCAAUUUAGACAGUAAUUAAAAGAAGAAAUUGCCUAGGACUUCAGCUUUCGUUCCUUUGGUUUCAAAAAGAUGUUAAUAUUGAGUUUAGCGAGGAUUAAAUCAAAGUUCAAAAUUCUGACAUCAUCACAACCCUCUUGAGGAGAAUCCUUGAUCCUGAUUGGCUAGAGGGUGUGCAUUAUUUUGCAGUAACCACACAGCUCUGGGAUAGUGCCCUUUAGUAUAUUUACACCUUUACUAUUGUCUUUAUACUCUCAAAUAUGAGUAGAAAAGAGCAUCAUUGAGUGUAAGACAGAAAUUAUUUUAAAAUAAUAAUUCCAAGUUGAAUUGUUUUAGUGAUAAAGCAAUUCUACGGCCGCAUAUUAGGGCCAUUCUUAAAUUAAGAUAAUGAAUAAAAGGAGCCGUUAAUUUCCAAGAAAAGUACAGACUUAUUACCCCUAAUUUAUCAAACUUAUUGCAGAUUUGUGUGUGGAAAUCAACUUACAACAAAGUCCACAUAUGAUUCCUGAAACAUGCAUAUCUGGCCUGUUAGAGCUUAUGAACCAACGGUUGUUGAUAAAUACGGUUGCUGAAAGUAAUCGUCAUUUUCUAACAUAACUGUGCGCCUCGGCCGGUCCACAAUCCCCCAAGAAUCAGAAAAAUCCAUUCUCCCCUCCUCUUUCUCCACCUUUUGGAAAAUGUGUGCUGAAACAAGCCAGAUUUUUCCCUCAUGAUGUCAUGUGGGGAGUUAGCCCCGCCCCCAGGUUCGGCUGGCCAUACGUACAUGGAAGAAGGUUCUGCCCUCCUUUCCUGGUCCACCUGCAGCUGAGAGGGGGAGGAUCAGGAGAACCACAUCCAUGAAGCCACAUCCAUUU